AGACUGCUCCGUGGGUCCCAGGACGCCGCCCGUGCUGCGAGCUUCCCGGGCGCUGAGCGCUCAGGCUCCCCCGUGCCGUCCGGUCCUCGUUGCCGCCCCCGGCGCCCUCAGCGCGUCCACGCCUCCGAGCAGUGAGCUCCCUCCCGGGGGAGCCUCCGGCCGUCGGCGGCCCGCGCGCGCUCGGCGCCCUGCUCGCGGGGCGGAGGAGGAGGCGGCGGAGGCGGCGGCUCGGCCGGGGAUGGGCGGCCCGGCGGCGCGGAGGGGCGCCUGGGGGUUCCCUGCGCUGCUGCUGGCGCUGCUGGCCGCGGGCAGCCCUGCGGACGCCUACAACCUGGACCCGCAGCGUCCCGUGCACUUCCAGGGCCCCGCCGGCUCGUUCUUCGGUUACGCGGUGCUGGAGCACUUCCACGACAACACGCGCUGGGUCCUUGUGGGUGCACCGAAGGCAGAUUCCAAAUACAGCACUGCUGUGAAGUCCCCUGGGGCUGUGUUCAAGUGCCGAGUCCACACCAACCCUGACCAGAGAUGCACUGAACUGGACAUGGCUCGAGGAAAGAAUCGAGGCACAUCCUGUGGGAAGACGUGUCGGGAAGACCGGGAUGAGGAGUGGAUGGGUGUGAGCCUGGCCAGGCAGCCCAAGGCUGAUGGACACGUGUUGGCCUGUGCCCACCGCUGGAAGAACAUCUACUAUGAAUCAGACCACAUCUUGCCCCAUGGCUUCUGCUACAUCAUCCCCUCCAAUCUACAGGGCAGAGGCAGGUCGCUAAUCCCGUGCUAUGAAGAGUACAAGAAGAAGUAUGGAGAGGAACACGGCUCCUGCCAGGCGGGGAUCGCCGGCUUCUGCACCGAGGAGUUGGUGGUGAUGGGUGCUCCGGGGUCCUUUUAUUGGGCUGGGACAGUCAAAGUGCUGAACCUGACAGACAACACCUACUUCAAGCUGAAUGAUGAAGUCAUCAUGAGCAGGCGGUACACCUACCUGGGCUACGCGGUGACGGCUGGCCACUUCUCCCACCCAUCCACAACCGACGUGGUAGGAGGUGCCCCGCAGGAUGAAGGCGUGGGAAAGGUUUAUAUCUUCAGAGUUGAUCGAAGGUCUGGCACCCUAAUCAAGAUUUUUCAGGCGACGGGUAAAAAGAUGGGAUCUUACUUCGGCUCCUCCUUAUGCGCAGUUGACCUGAAUGGGGACGGCUUCUCUGACCUGUUGGUGGGGGCCCCCAUGUUUUCUGAGAUCAGGGACGAGGGACAGGUCACCGUCUACAUCAACAGAGGAAACGGAGCCUUGGAGGAGCAGCUGGCUCUGACCGGGGACAGCGCCUACAACGCACACUUUGGGGAGAGCAUCAGCAGCUUAGGUGACCUGGAUGACGAUGGCUUCCCAGAUGUGGCCAUUGGUGCACCCAAGGAGGAUGAUUAUGCAGGUGCAGUCUACAUCUACCAUGGUGAUGCUGGAGGGAUAGUCCCGCAGUACUCAAUGAAACUGUCUGGACGGAAGAUCAGUCCAGUUCUGCGGAUGUUUGGCCAGUCCAUAUCAGGAGGCGUUGAUAUGGAUGGGAACGGCUACCCUGAUGUCACCAUUGGAGCCUUCCUGUCAGACAGCGUGGUCCUGCUAAGGGCGAGACCCGUGAUCACCGUGGAUGUCUCCAUCUUCCUCCCAAGUUCCAUCAACAUCACUGCGCCCCAAUGUCAUGAUGGGCAGCAACCUGUGAACUGCCUGAAUGUUACCGCCUGCUUCUGCUUCCACGGCAAGCACGUCCCGGGAGACAUAGGCCUGAAUUAUGUCCUGACUGCUGAUGUGGCCAAGAAGGAGAAGGGUCAGCUGCCCAGGGUCUACUUUGUGCUGCCGGGGGAGACGGUGGGCCAGGUGGCAGAGAAGCUGCAGCUGGCGUACCUGGAGGAGGCGUGUCGCCACUACGUGGCCCAUGUGAAGCGAAGGGUGCAGGACGUCAUCAGCCCCAUCGUGUUUGAGGCAGCCUACAGCCUGGGCGAGCACAUCACCGGUGAGGAGGAGCGGGAGCUGCCAGCACUGACACCUGUGCUCCGCUGGAAGAAGGGACAAAAGAUUGCCCAAAAGAAUCAGACUGUGUUUGAAAGAAACUGCCGCUCCGAGGACUGCGCCACUGACUUGCAGCUUCGGGGCAAGCUGUUGCUGUCAAGUGUUGAUGAAAAGACCCCAUAUCUUGCUCUGGGAGCAGUGAAGAACAUCUCCCUAAACAUCUCCAUCUCCAACCUGGGAGACGACGCCUAUGAUGCCACUGUGUCCUUCAACGUGUCCCGGGAGCUCUUCUUCAUCAACAUGUGGCAGAAGGAGGAAAUGGGCAUUUCCUGUGAGCUGUUGGAAUCGGACUUCCUCAAGUGCAGCGUGGGAUUUCCUUUCAUGAGGUCAAAGUCUAAGUAUGACUUCAGUGUGAUCUUUGACACGAGCCACCUGUCUGGAGAGGAGCCACUGCUCAGCUUCAUUGUCACUGCUCAGAGUGGCAAUGUGGAGCGCUCCAACUCCUUGCAUGACAACAGCCUCACGCUGACGGUGCCGCUGGUGCACGAGGUGGACACGUCCAUCACUGGAAUCACAUCCCCAACCUCCUUCGUGUACGGCGAGUCUGUGGACCCUGCCAGCAUCAUCCAGCUCGGCGACCUGGAAUGCCAGUUUCAAGCACUCAAUGUCACCCUUCAGGUCUUCAAUGCCGGCCCCAGCACGCUUCCGGCAUCCUCUGUCAGCAUCUCUCUCCCCAACCGACUGUCACCUGGUGGCGCAGAGAUGUUUCACGUCCAGGACAUGGUGGUGAGCCAGGAGAAAGGAAACUGCUCUUUCCAGAAGAGCCCAACCCCUUGUGUCAUCCCUCAAGAACAAGAAAAUAUCUUCCACACGAUAUUUGCUUUUUUCACCAAGUCUGGAAGGAAGGUCUUGGACUGUGAGAAACGAGGGGUCCCUUGCCUAACAAUGCACUGUAACCUCAGUGCCCUUGCGAGAGAAGAAAGCCGUACCAUAGACAUUUACCUGCUGCUGAACACGGAGAUACUGAAGAAGGAUAGUUCUUCGGUCAUCCAGUUCAUGGCUCCGGCCAAGGUGAAGGUCGUAGAUCCUGCCCUCCGAGUGGUGGAACUGGCGAGUGGAAACCCAGAAGAGAUGACGGUGGUGUUUGAGGCCCUGCACAGUCUGGAGCCCCGGGGCUACGUCGUGGGCUGGAUCAUCGCCAUCAGCCUACUGGUGGGCAUCCUCAUCUUCCUGCUCCUGGCCGUGCUACUCUGGAAGAUGGGCUUCUUCCGCCGAAGAUACAAGGAGAUCAUUGAGGCAGAGAAGAACCGGAAGGAGAAUGACGAGAGCUGGGACUGGGUGCAGAAAAACCAGUGACCCGCCACAUCAGUCACGACCCCAACACCUGCCUGUCAUCCUGGGUCUUUCUAUCUUCCAUAUUUGGAAGAGAAAAAAAAAAUCUCCAGAUUUUUCGGAGGCCCCACAGUUGCUGUUCUUGUCCUCACUCGGAAGCCCAGGUGCUGGCCUGGGGCAGCAGCCACCGCGGCCAGGUCCCUGGACCGGAGCCACCGGAGCCACUGCCUUCUCACCAUGAACUCAGACCCGUGGAGAGCGAGCUGCCCGCUCCAGCGAUAUUUAUGGAUGCAAACCUGCGUGAUCAACCCUCAGGGGAAAACUGUUUUCUAAAAAGUAUUUUUUAUAAAUCUAAGCCUUUUCUAUGGAUUAUGUGUUUAUAUUUGUAUCGAGGUUUUAUGAUUUCUAUUACAUAGUUCUAUGAUUCACUCCGGCACUGAUCACUGGCCUCGGAAGUCUUGGACACUACACGGGCACAGACACCUAAGCGGAGUGGAUGGAAUCAUGCUUGUACUUUGGGACUCACUGUGGUGAAGGACUUGCCAGCCCAAUAAGCUGAGGAAGCAUCAAGCGCCAAGCUCACCAAGCUGGUGGUGUUGCAUGCCAACAGGGGGCGCUGUAGCAGAUCCUCGGACACUGCAUGCUUCUGUUGCAAGGAGUCGAGUUUGUCUCUCCAUAUUGCCUUUCCUUGGAAGAUUCCCAGCAGGAGUUUGGAUGAAAACGACAUGAUUCCUAGUGCCAGGUCUGCUCUGUGUUACCUGUGUACACACCUAUAUCCUCCAUCCUACUCACAUUGAUGGAAAGCUUGACAAAGUUCAACUAUGUCUUCUGGUCAACCUCAGAAUGCUGUUUCAUCCAGGACAUCUUACAUCAGACUUACAUCACACAGCACCAGGACUAAAUUGGUGCCCUCUGCUGCCACCAUCCACCCAAGCAAAGACUCAUGUGUGCCUGCGGUGAGGCACUGCCUGUCCAUAGUCAUUUGCAUUCAGAGGUGCCCGUCUCCCCUGCCACACUUGUCCCAGCGAGGGGUCAUUGCACACUCCUUCCACAACAGCCAUUCAACUCAUCUUUUUUUUUUCCAAGUCACUUAGGUAGGAAGUCCCCAAAAGCAGAGCCUGACACAGGAUUGGUGUGCAAGUAACUUAUUCAGGAAGUGUUCUCAGGGGUACCAGUGAUGGGGUUGGGGGAAGCAGGAAGCCGGGGAAGUCCCACGGGCAAGGGGGAGAGGUAGCUUCUUUAUAAUCAGGCUUCUCUGCAGCGUGACUUGAACCUCGGACUUGGCCUGGCCUGCAGCAGGGGUGCUGCGCCCAAGGGAGCUGUAAGCUUGCUGCUCCCAGUCCCUGCUGCUGCUGAAAUGGCUCCAGUGUCUUUGGAGGUGGUCCCCCAAAAUGACAGCUGCAGGUGUGUGCCCUGCUUGGCCACCCAGCACAGCACUGACAGCUUCCCAUGCCAGAGCUCCCAGUGGGUGGUGCCACCCAAGUCUCAGCACAGUGUAAUUGUCCACAAGGGCAAUGAGGGGAUGGGUGUGUGAUGGUGCCCAGGAGUAGUUGGUAGCCACGGGCGCUAUUCCUGCUGCCAGAUGACCAUCCAGUAGGACAGAAAACAAGGAGGCACAAGCAGGGCUGGCAGUGUGUGUGAAUGGCUAAUGAAAGCCAUGGCUGCAUACAGAUGGCAUUGCUUGGGAGUGAGUGAAGCCAUUUACAAGAACAAGAUGGCAUCUUCCAGGGUCUCCCUUACUGGAAACAGACAUGCUGGGAGUCUGCGCCUGUUGCCGAAAAGACUCAGAAUUGAGCAUCUGGGGAGGCAAGGUUUUGAUCCACACCCUCUCCUGGCACUGGCCAACAUCUCUGAACUUCUGGCAGAAGUUGGGAGAGUGCUGAGCAGGUGUGAGGCUGGUGCAGUGUGCGUGUGUCCUUGGUUUCUAAUGUUCAAAUGACUCUGCUGCAGCAGAACCACAAACGGGCCGUGGUGAACUUGGAGAAAGACAGCCAAAUGCCAUGAACUACACUGAUCCUAGCAGCCAGGGGAGUAGCUUCUGAGUCUAGAGGGCAAGAGCAAGCAAAGAGCCUGGCACACACUCAGGAUUUGCCCCUGUGUUUUAUUAAAGCAAUAAGGAAAGAGAUCUGGGGUUAGGUUUAGUCAUUCAUUGAGCAGCCAUGCAAGACCUUUGCUGCAUGGCUGCCAUUACACCAGGUGCUGGAGGUUCCCCCACAGAAGACCCCAGGAGCACCAUGCUAUGGCCAACUCACUGGCUCCUACAUGGGACUUGUGGAGAGGGAUGACUUAUUUGGGGGAACCAGAAAGGCAUGAUGGCCAAGUGGGUACAGUUAUGGCUGAGUUCUGCCUGCAGUGUAUACCUGGUGAGGCAUGGGCCCAGGUAGAGCUCCCCCAGCCUGCCACGGUGCCACCGUGGUAUUGGUAUUGGGAGGAAAAUGGUUGUUAGCUGACACAAGGCAAGCAGGUGCGAGUCAGGUGUGUUGGUGCCUGCGGUAGUGACAUCUGCAGUGGACAGUCCUUGCCAGAGCAAAGAAUGACUGGAGGGGGAGUGCAGAGCCAGGCGGAUGAACAGGAGCCCUUGGUGACUUGUGAUUCUUGGGUUCAUAAGGGGAAGAUGGGCGCACUCGCCAACCGGCCGCAAUGCUGUUCCACACGGUGAUCUCAAUUCCCAGCUCUGUGAAGGGCAGUCCUGUUUUUGCUUUCUUGCGGUUUUCAUUGUGUGCACGGCGUGAACCUGAGAGCUUGGUGAGUGAAGACGUGCAUGGCAAGCCCUGCCCCCCCCCCCAUGCUCUCUACACUCCCACAGCAUCACUCUACACCCUAGAGAUGUUUCUGUGGAGGGAUCUGGGUGGUGUGGGUGGGCCUCAUCACAAUGUCACAUGUAUUUGAGUCUAUGCAAGUCACUUCUGAUUCACCUGCACUGUUUGGGGGGAAUGCCAGGUUCACCAAAAUACAUGUUUGGAAUAAUAAUAAAAAAAAUGGCUGU